CACUUUCUCAACAUCAUUAAAUGUAAACUUCUAAACACUAAAUUCUCUCCUGGAUCAAUCUCAUUUUGUGCUUUUUUACUUUGUCUCUUCUCCCAAAGUCUCAACCAAACCAGAUGAAACUAGCAAUUAGCAAAUACCUAUUUAAGUCCAACCCUACACCCUCUUUUUAUACCUAUUUAAGUGCCUGAUCUUUUGUUCAUUUAAUUUUCUGUUUAUGCUCCUGUUUGUGUUGAGUCAUGAGUGUGUCUGUGUGUGAGUUCGAGAAAGAAAGAGAGAGGGAGAGAGAGAGAGGCGUGACAGAGGAACUGAUAGAGAACAUUCAAAGCUUUUUCAUCCCCCACCAUCACUACAAUCCUCUAUAUAACACAGUCUCAAACUGAAGUGUUUGAUAAAAUUCACAAGUUUGAUCCUCCCCUGCAGAACAUAGUGUUUGCUUUGCUCCACUAUUUCACAACCAUUUUAUUUUUCUGUCUCUCUCUGUGGGUACCAUGAGACCAGAAGAGAACCCGUUAGAUCUCAACAAUUUUCCUGACGAGAAUGCUAGAGAUAAUGGUAAACAAGUCAUCCAAGAUAGUUCCUCUUCUGGCAGUAAAAAGAAAAGUGGAAAGAAGGAUGCAAAAGAUGAGGAGUGUGGGAAGGUGUAUGAGUGUAGAUUUUGUUCCCUGAAGUUCUGCAAGUCUCAAGCUCUUGGGGGACACAUGAACCGCCACCGCCAAGAGAGGGAAACUGAGACGCUGAACCAUGCUCGUCAGCUGGUCUUCCGCAAUGAUCGAACCACUCAAGUUGCCCCCCACCUAGGAUGCUGUCCACCAAUAGCAGCAUCAGCAGGGAGCUAUCAUCCAGCUAGUAACAUGGGAGAUCCAACAAUGCGUCUGAAAUUCCCAAGAUUCAUUUCUGGUUCAUCCUCAACCCACAUGGUACCAGUAGUACCACCACCACUUCCACAACCACCUCAACAAUUCUUAUCAAGGCCUCUCUCUUUUCCCUCACACCACUCCUCAGUGAAUGAUUACUAUGUGGGACAUGUCCUUAGUGGAAGCCACCCUCACAACUUUAACAACUAUGCAGCAGCAGAAUCUAAUUACACUUGCAUUGGAGCACCAGUAGGAGCAGCAUUUGGUAAGGACAUGCCACUGCACAAUCAGCGUUUGGAUCCUCCUUCAGUGAUCAAUCCAUUUCAAGAUCAUGGCUUCUAACAAUCUUCAUAGUUAAAGACAAGCUAGCUAUCUCUAUCUAGAGAGAGACUUAACAAAAUGAUGAUCAGGAAGGGGAGAGAGGCCGUUUAUUGGUUUAUAUAUUGCAUUGUAUACAGUAACUUGGUACAACUUUUGAGCUCAUGGUCACGCUCAACUAGUUUGGCUUCAAGCUGUGAAGGUGAGAUUUGAAACACUGGGUUUUGUUAUGCUCUGUAGUCAGUACUGCUAACUAAAAAAAAGUGAGAACUACGAGUAGGAAACUAGGAGCUGCUAGCUAGAACAGACAAGUUAGAUAUCCUCACAUCACGUUGU